UGAUGUCUUUAUGUAUAAAUAUAAACUCUUUUUUGAGUUAUUUUUAUUUCGAAAGUAUAUUAUUAUUUUGUAUACUUGUAAAGUUAUUGCAAUUUUAAAAGUGUGAUAUGUACUUAGUUUUGCAGGCCAGUGUAUUUCACUAGAGAACGAAUAUAUUAAGAGACUGUUAGUCAAUUGAAAAGUGAUAUUGUAUCAAGUAUGCGAUAAAAUUAAUUAUCGAAGCAGCGCCAUUAAAUUCGAUUGUAAUCUUUAUUUAGUUGAAAAUUGGUGGCGGCCAAUGAAAGUUUUUAGUGACAAAAUAUUUAAAUUUUACAAAAAAUGUGCAGUUUAUGAUUGGAUGUAGGUUACCUUUGCUAUAGAUCGAUAUCAAUAAUGACGCAAGAAGAUGCAAUUGAAACAAUAAUUGGCCGUUUUGGUAAAUACCAAGUAUGGAUAUUUUUUCUAAUAACUAUAGCUCGGUUGCCAACUGAAUAUCAAUUAGCGAAUGUUAUUUUUAUCAUCCCGAACGUUGAUUUCAUUUGUACUGACAGUGGUGCGAAUUAUACAGCUAACUAUUGCCCAUGUGAUAACCCUGUGUAUGAUACAUCUAUCAUGAGAUCUGUAUCCAGUGAUUGGAAUCUUAUAUGUGACAGACGGCAACUGGCGAGUCUUGCUCAAUCCAUGUUGCAAGUUGGAAUACUAGUCGGCAGUUUGUUCUAUGGAUAUCUUUCGGACAGAUAUGGAAGAAAAAUUGCAAAUGUAUUAUCUCUCGUAACAGAAGUCAUAUUUGUUGCGAUGUCGGCAGCUGCGACAGAAUUGUGGAUGUUUGCUGUGUGUCGUUUUUUAAUUGGAACAGGCGUUGGUGGCACAAUGCUGUGUUGUUAUGUAAUUAUUAUAGAACUCAGUGGAAAAUCAUUCAGGCCGUAUCUAACUGGUCUAAUAGAAAUAUCAUACAUCUCAGCCUACAUGUCUAUGCCUGCAAUAGCAUAUUUCUUGGAGGAUUGGAGACAUCUGCAGUUAGCGACAUCUAUUCCCUUUUCAUUUUCAAUAUUCUAUUACUGGCUUAUACCAGAAUCACCUCGGUGGCUAAUUACUAUGGGAAAGAAAAAAGAAGCAGUACAACUUCUAACAUAUAUAUCUAAAAAAAAUAAUAUGACUGUUGAAAAUAUUGAUGCUAUAGUAGAAAAAGCUCACGAAGAAUCUCAACAACAAAGGAAACAGAAUUAUGCUUCAUAUUUUGAUUUAUUUAAGACUCCCAAAAUAAGAUUGUAUACAAUAAUCACAGCUUUUGUAUGGCUGUGCUGUAGUCACUCAUUUUUUGGUAUUAACCAAUAUAUAGGACGACUCCAAGGAAAUAUUUAUAUAAAUGUUGUACUAUCCGCCGCAACACUCAUUCCAGCAAUGAUUUAUGUAGUAUUUGCAUCAUUGUAUAUGAGAAGAAAAGUAGCAAUAAUAGCCAGUUUUGUAGUGACUGCUGUGUCACUAUUGUUUUUUCUUGUAGUUCCAAAAUCAAUGGAGUCGAUUACAUUAGCUCUAGCUAUAAUAGGCCAAACUGGGGCUUACACAGCGUUUGUACAAACUUAUUUAUUUACGUCUGAAAUAUUUCCAACAGUAUUACGUAACUCUGCAAUGGGCUUUGGUUCAGUGUUUGCGAGGUUUGGAGGUUUCAUUGCUCCGUUUGUAGUCAAUGUUGGUAUUGAAUGGGUAUCAAUAUCAGUAUUCAGUAUUAUAGCUUUAAUAGCAGGAUGUUUGUGUUUCUUUUUGCCAGAGACUAAAGGUAUUGUGCUUUUAAAUACAAUCAACCAAACCGAAAAAUAAAAAUCACCACAAAAUCUUGCUAAAUAUGCUGAUUAACACAAUCGAUAUCUUAAAUUAAAUAUAAUAAUCAUGAAAUUUCUUACUCAUUCUUCUUGUUUAAACAAUACUUUAGUAAUACUUUAAUAAUAAUAAAACAAAUAGAUUUUCUUUGAAAAUUGUUACGUAAUAUUUUAUAUUUUUUUCUUGAAUAAUUUCCAAUUGUAAUAAUGAUUCAGUUUUCUUUUAAAAGUGCCGUAAGCCCGUUUGCUCUGAAACGCGUGGAUAAAUGAAGUUGAAAUAAAAAUUAAAUUAUUAUCAACAUAUAAAUAGUAAAAUGAUCAAGCUAAACAAUCAAUCCAAUCAUUAGAAAAUCGAAGAAUAGUUUAUUAUACAAAUAAAAUUUGAAAACGAAGAACGGCGAUAAAUAGUUAUUUAACAAGUAAAGAACAAUUCGAUAUUUUUGCUAGUCUGUUGAACUUUUAGUUUA